AUGUCCGACGAUCCGUUUGCAUUUGUGCUUCUUACCCAUGAAAACGCAGCAGAGCUGUCGGAAUUUCUAAACAGCCAUUUUCUAUUCGAGGAGCCAAUGAAUAGGGCAUGUGGGAUGACCCAGCAAAAUUUCCAGCCAUUUGUGGAUAAGCUUUUUGAGAGAACCUUGAACAUUCCAUUCUCCUAUGCGCUGGUAGAUAAGGAAACCAACAAAAUCGUUGCAUGUGCAAUGUCUUCGUUGUGGAAAAACGAAUCGAAAGCAGAAUCGGAAAACCAUGGCGACGAAUUCGAGUUUGACAACGGAGAGAGAAAAGAAAUCGGAGUGUUGGGCAAGAUUUUGACGGAACUACACGCCAAGUUUUUUGAACUUCGACCGGAUAUUGCUCAAGUUUUGCAUUUGUAA